GGAAUAAACGCAGUUGCAGUUUUGUUGUCGAGCUGUAGGGAGACUCGGCGCUCAUCAUGCGACUGAGAGAGUGUCGGUCCGGCUCUUAUUCGGUCCAGCAGUGAAUAAUGUCUUACAGAUAGAUCAUUAUUGUGGAAUCUAUUGAUCGUAUGGGUCUCGGGGAGUUCUCUGAUCAGGUUGCUGUGACUGUCAGUUCCUGUGUGUCAACAGUAAACCGGAGUUUCGCUGACUAGCUGAAGUGUCGUCAACACUUCUGUUGCAGGAAGGAAGAGUCGGAAAAGAAGCUCAACAAAGCCGGACGCUGGACUUUAAUCAAAAACUGCUGGUUUCUCGUAGUAGAUAAUAGGCACAUGUGUCUGCGGUGUGUUUUGAGGAAGCUGGUUAUAAAUUCGUGUUAUGAUUAGGUGGAAGGCUGUUAGGCCGAGCUGAAGAAUUCCCUGACUGGCUCUGGGAAGCUAGGCUAAGCUAGUUGGUCCCACUGGAUUGUUCGGGUCGGGGUGCUGGUGAAGCUUCCACUUCUGCCCUUCCCCAGAUCUUCUUCUUUUAUUUUUUAUUAUACACAAUUGUCCAGCUUAGACUCGCUCAAUGGCUGCUCAUGCGAGCGAAAGCGACACGACGCAGUCCGGCCCAGAAAACCCGGUCAUUAAUGAGAGCAGCGUUGAGUCCGACACACCCAGAAUCAGUGCGCCGCUGGAAAACAAGUCCGAACACGGAAGCGAUGCAAACACGCUGACUGAGGAAAUGACUUCUACAGAUAAAAGUGAUCAGUCUGAAUUAUCCAUAGCCAGCAAAUCAACAGAAAGCACAAACAAGGGCCAGAGUGAGGAGGCAGAGCAGACACACUCCAGCUCUCCGGUGAAGCUCCCGCACACGCGCUCUGCACAGGAGCACAAUGGCAGUUUUGAGAGGCAGGAGUCAGCCAGCACUACAGAGGCUCGAUUGCGAAUGGAAGGAAUGGAUUUCAAAGAGGAGUGGCAAGAUGAGGACUUCCCCAGACCACUACCGGAAGAAGGGGAGAUCCACCUUGAUGAACAUCUCUUCACCCACACAUCUGGAGAGGAAGAUUCCGCUCCACAUGGCAAGAACCCAAAAAGAAGACUUUUGGCCCCAGAUAUCAGUCUGAACCUCGAUCGCAGUGAUGGCUCUUUGCUUUCUGAUGAGCUGGAUGAAAGCACAGAGUUAGACCUGGAUGGCAUGGACACCCCGUCAGAUAACAGCAAUGAGUUUGAAUGGGAAGAUGAUCUCCCAAAACCCAAAAGCACUGACAUGCUGCAGAAAGGUGUGGAAUCAGUGAAUGAAUAUUCAGCGUAUGAUGAGCGUGAAGAUGGGAGACGGUGGAGGAUUUUUCGAAUUGGGGAACAGGAUCACCGUGUUGAUAUGAGGGCCAUUGAGCCCUACAAAAGGGUCAUCAGUCAUGGAGGUUACUAUGGGGAUGGACUGAAUGCAAUUAUUGUCUUUGCGGUUUGCUUCAUGCCUGAGAGCAAUCAACCAAACUAUAGAUACAUCAUGGACAAUCUUUUCAAGUAUGUAAUAGGCACUCUGGAGCUGCUGGUGGCUGAAAACUACAUGAUCGUUUACCUGAAUGGUGCAACCUCACGCCGAAAGAUGCCCAGUGUGGGCUGGCUGAGGAAGUGCUAUCAACAGAUAGACCGCAGAUUAAGGAAGAAUCUGAAGUCUUUGAUCAUUGUCCACCCUUCUUGGUUCAUUCGCACACUCCUGACCAUCACAAAACCUUUCAUAAGCUCCAAAUUUAGCCAAAAAAUAAAGUUUGUCUACAGUUUGGCAGAACUUGCUGAGCUUGUGCCAAUGGAAUAUGUGUCUAUACCAGAAUGCAUCAAGCAGUUUGAUGAAGAAAAAAAUAGGAAAACACAUAAAAGGAUUGACCAAGAAAUGCAUGGCAAAGCGGAGAGAGGCACAGAGUGAGGAUGAAGAGGAAAUAAGAGGUGGAGGAAAAUAAAUUGUCGGUUUUUGUAUGUCUCUCUGUUGGAAAAACUAAAUUUGUGCCUUCCAAAACUCCAUUGCCUGUUACAUGGUUGGACUUUUAUCCUUUAUUGUAUUAGUGUGCCAAACACAAUUUAAAAUCUCAAUGCUGUGCUUUAAGUAUUUUUUAUAAUCCUACAUGUAUGAAUUUGGAGUCAGUUGUCAUUUUUGUCAGUAAUUCCUGUUGCUUCUCCUUGUUGUUCAAGACACAUGGUUUUCAAGUUAGGUGAUGCACGUUCUGCGUUACAUUUAAAAUAUAUUUAUAUUCAAAUGGUGAUAAAGGAGAAAAGAUUAAUAUAUAUUUUUUUUGCUUUGGACAGUCCUUUAUGGUGUUAUUUUGACUUGUUGAAAUCUUACAUCAUACUUGUUACUGGUUAUUGGUGGAAAUCAAAGAUGUUGUAUUUAGGAGUAUUGUUCAUUGCCUCUUAGGAAUGAUCCUGAAUAAAUGGGUCACUUUAAAAGUUUACUUUUAUAGUCACAGCUUGUGUUGAUCUCUGUAGCAUACAAUUUGGGGUGUGUUUUUCCUGUCUGUUAUGUUCUUCCAAGUAAAGCUUCCACAAUUCAAUACAAAAACAAAAAGUCUUUUUCUUUGCCAAUAUGACUGUAAGUACCUGUUAUGACUUUACACAGUGGUUAAUGUAGAACAUUAUAUGUUGCAGGUCUUUAUAAACUUUAUUACAUUUGGAAAUUGUUUUACAUUCUAUUUCAUAAAGACACCUGAUAACCACUAAGUUUUACCAAGUAAUGAUGCACUCAGUUUUUGAGUCCCAAAAAAAUGGACAUGAUGUCACAGCUUGGCAGUUUUCUCUAAUGUGAACUGUAUAAAUUUUAGUGCUUUUCAAUUCUCACAUGUUUUGACUCUCCUGUUGAUUCAGUUUAAUGAUUUUAAAGAUCCAGCAAAGCAUUUUAUAAAAGCUAGAUUUUUGGGUGGAUGGAUUAUUAAUUUAUUUUACUGCAGUCUGUCAAAAAUCAAGUCAUUGUCAAGAUAUCUGAACAGUUUUAACCCUAAAUAAUUAAAGUAGCACUUUGCUAAAUCAUCCAGUCAGUUUUAGAUUAAACAAGUUCAUGCAGUUUGUAUUGAAAGUGCUAAUAUUAAAGAUCAUUCUCUCACUGUGUGAAACCUUUUUUAUUUUAUUUUUUUUGUUUUUUAAAGCUAUGAAUUUUGGCCAGCUUCUGUAGCAUUGCCUCAAAUACUACACAUUUUGACUUAGAUGUUUGUAUUUCCUCCCUGUGCCUUACACUAACUGCACGUAAUUAAAAUAUUUCUCCAUGAUGUAAUGAACUGUCUUGUACCAUGUUGCUGCAUCAUUGCUCUACUAAAGCAGCAUGUGAUCAAUGCAAAUUGAAUAGUUCUCUGUUAAACAGACCAAUGAAUGUACCACCUGUUUGCUGAUAUCUUGAUAUUCUGUUAUAUGAUUGAAAGCAAAAUAAUACCAAUAAACAAGUACCAUUGCAUCGUG